AUGAUCAUAGGGAAAGUGAAGCAAUUUCAGAGCUCACGAAAGCCAUCCUUCAGACCGGACUUACAGCGGCUCCAUCUCCGUGCCGCGUUCCAUGAUUCUAUGGGAGAUUAUUCUUCUGCCCUUCGAGAGAGUGAGGCAGCACUUUGUCUCGAUCCUAAUCAUUCGGACACGAUACAACUCUAUCGAAAAGCAGAAAAAAGGGCUAGCGAACAACAACACAAAUUUUUCUCGAAUGCCAUUGAUAUAUUCUCGUCGGCUGCUGAGAACUGCAUAAAUGAAACACAGCAUGCCUUCUUUAAAGCCUGUCCUAAUGCUUGA